CUAUGAUAUCUCUCCCUACUCCCUAGUAUUCACUCUUCUAUCAUGUGCCACCAAACAUUCCGAUUCUGAGUAACAAUGACGGAAACAAACUGCUACGAAACUGCUAGCACCAGCACCAGCAACUCCAACUCAAACUCACAGAAAACAGAGGACAGAAAACAGAGCAGGCCCAAGAGAAACAGAGACAGUAGCAAGCACCCGGUUUACCACGGAGUACGAAUGCGCAAUUGGGGCAAAUGGGUGUCAGAAAUUCGUGAGCCCCGCAAGAAAUCACGCAUCUGGCUUGGAACUUUUGCAACCCCUGAAAUGGCAGCACGAGCCCACGAUGUUGCAUCUCUGAGCAUUAAGGGCCACACAGCGAUCCUCAACUUUCCAAACAUUGCAAACAUGUUCCCCAGACCCGUCACGUUGACCCCACGUGACAUCCAAGCCGCGGCUGCAGAAGCCGCCGCCAUGGUGGAAUUCGACCCUCACAAGUUACACUCCUCGCCUUCGUCAGAGUCCUCUGAGCUAAGCCAGAUUGUGGAGCUUCCCAACAUAGAAGAGAGCUUCGACUCGGUGGACUCGAGAACUGAGUUCGCGUUUAUCGACUCGGUGGAUAGUUGGGUUUACCCUCCGACCCCAAUGGCGAGUUUUUCUGACAUGAUGUUUGGGGAACAGAGUUUUAUCAUAGAAAGCUCCGAGUGUGGAUUCCACUUUGGGACCGAUGGGUGUGAGAUUCACCAGAAAACAUGUUUGGUUUAG